GUGGCCCCCACCCGGCCGUCGCGACACCGACGGCCACGGCCUCCGCCCCGGUGGCCCCCACCCGGGCCGGCUCCCAGGCGAUCUGGAGCCGUCCUCUUCCCCGCGGCGGCCUCUGAUUCUCUUACCUAAUUCCAAGGACGAACCGGGACCCCGGGUUUUGACCUUGGAAUUGCCCAACCAGGACUAUGGGAAACACCCAGUCCAGGAUUGGUCUGAAAACUCCAUUGGGCUGCCUAACCUUGACGUCUUGGGGUUCUCCCAUGACCUGAGGAGGCGUCGCCUUACCCAUUGUUGUACGGGAGCCUGGCCUCAAUACCAAUUAGACAACCGGUCCCGAAGGCCUCCAGAGGGAACUUUCGAUUACCAAAUUCUUAUGGAUCUUGAUAACCUUUGCAGACACCAAGGCAAAUGGUCCGAGGUUCCUUACAUACAAGCUUCCUGGGAUCUGCGCUCCUGGCCCUCCCUCCGCCUUCGAUGUUCGCCUACCCAAGUCCUACUUGCCCGUACCCCACCUCCCGACAUACCUCCUACCAACCCCAAGGACCUCGACUCUUACUCCCCUUCUCCCCUUUCCGAAAGCCCGGAGAACCUCACAUCCUCCCACCGCUUGGGGCCAGCGGCUCCUCCACCUCCCCCUUACCCUGAACCCAACGCUGUCCCUCCUACUCCUUCCCCUCCGGCUCCCCCACCUCCUCGACCUCCCCUCCGGUCGCCGCCGGCCCAGAUCUCACCAGACACCGUCGGGCCUUGUCUGCCCCUUGCGGGAGGAGCUGAAAAACGGCUGGGCUCUUUCUCUGCCAGCCCAGGUAACUACAUCAAAGAAUUUCAGUGUUUAGCUCAGGCCUGUGACCUUACAUGGCACCACCUACCUGUGGUGCAGACCACGACUCUCACUCCUGAAGAGAGAGCGCAGUCGGCAGCGGCGCGGGAACACGCCGACCAGGCCCGGCUCCCGGCCUCACGAUGCCCGUGGGCGCCCCGGCGGAUCCCGGAGGCAGAUCCUGGCAGUGGAUCCCAGCGGCGGAUCCCGGAUGGGAUUACCAGGCCGGCCAGGAGGGCCGCGGACGCCGGGACCGCAUGGGGCAAUGCCUCCUGGCGGGCAUGAGGGCGGCCUCAAACAAGGUGGUCAAUUAUGACAAACUGCGAGAAAUCGUUGAGAACCCCGAUGAGAACCCUCCCGUGUUUCUAAAUAGACUUAGGGAAGCCUUAACCCAAUAACCCAAUUAGAUCCGCCUCCACGUGGAGGAGACCCUGAAUCGGUGAAUCCGGCUUUCCGACUACUGGGUGUGGAGGACGACUGACAGCGCCCAGACUCGGACACCCUACUCACCCAUGCCAAGCCCAGGGUUACGCUCCAGGUAGCGGGAGGCGAUAUUGUUUACCCGCAAUAAAUAUGGCGGAAAAAAGCUUCAGUCCCCCACACUUGGGCCCGCUCAGCAAACAUGGAGACAGCACUUCCUGUGUUUGCCCUCAACAAAGAUGGCGACAGCACUUCCUGUGUUUGCCCUCAACAGAGAUGGCGACAGCACUUCCUGUGUUUGCCCUCAACAAAGAUGGCGACAGCACUUCCUGUUGAGGGGCUUCGCCUUCAACAAAGAUGGUACUUAUGGUACAGGUUCCUUAACAGCCUGGAUUCCGGUUGCGGUUUUUUUUUUUUUUUUUUUUUUCCUUUAAAUACAUGUGUUUGCAGACGGAGAAAUGGAAGCUAGAGACAAGCAAGUGCUUCGCUCCCUUCGCCUGGAGCUGGGUGCAGAAGUACUGGUGGAGGGACUGGUUCUUCAAUAUCUUUACCAGGAAGGGGUCUUGACAGAAAACCACCUUCAAGAAAUCAAAGCUCAAGCCACAGGCCUUCGGAAAACAAUGCUGCUGCUGGAUAUCCUACCUUCUAGAGGUCCUAAAGCAUUUGAUGCAUUCCUAGAUUCCCUGCAGGAAUUUCCCUGGGUUAGGGAGAAGCUGGAGAAGGCAAGGGAAGAAGCCAUAACUGAGCUCCCUGCAGAUGACUGGAUGACUGGUUUCCCCCCGCACAUCCUCAACAGCUCACCAUCGGACCGGCAGAUUAACCAGCUGGCCCAGAGGCUGGGCCCUGAGUGGGAGCCUGUGGUGCUGGCUCUGGGACUGUCCCAGACAGAUAUCUACCGCUGUAAGGCCAACCACCCCCACAACGUGCAGUCGCAGAUGGUGGAGGCCUUCAUCCGCUGGAGGCAGCGCUAUGGGAAGCAGGCCACCUUCUGGAGCUUAUACAGAGGCCUCCAGGCUGUGGAGGUAGACCCCUCGGUGCUCCAGGACAUGUUGGAAUGACCCCUGCAUGCUCCACGUCAUCCUGUGGUUGGGGGAGUGUGUCCCCAAGUUGUGUGUGCAGAAUCUUAACUUUCUCCAAGGGCAGGUGGUUUGGGGGGGUUUUGGGGGUCUUUUCUUUUUAAUGAACUUUAGAUGAAAGGAGAAAAUAGGAUUUCUGGUAUACAUUACUUGAAAGGUCAGAUUACUCAGUAGCUCUCCCACAUUGACUUGACAAUUCAUUGUUUUUAACUGCUUAAAGAUUGCAUUGUUUUAAUUGUGCAGGUUUUUAAUUGUGUGGGUGCCUUUUAAUAAACUGGUAAAUCAUAA